AUGGGUAAAAAUAUCAAAGUUUAUGUCCGUGUCAGGCCAUUUUUAAAAAAUGAACCUACCACUAGUUGUUUAUCAGUAGUUGGGCAGCAUUUGAUGGUUAGUGAUCGACACUCAUUUACAUUUGAUAAAAUAUUUGGAAUGAAAUCCACCUCUGAUGAUAUUUUUGUGGAGAUAGGUCAGAAGGUUGCUAGUACUUUUUUAGAUGGGUUUAAUACGUCUUCUAUAGUCUAUGGGCAAACGGGGUCUGGAAAGACGUUUACCAUCUUAGCCCUUGCGUGUGAUGUAGUAAAAGAGAUAUUCCGCAAUAUUCGUGAACCAUCAUCUAAUAAAGGUUCGAGUAGCGAUAGCAAUACUAGCGCUGAAGGAGGUUUUAGUGAAGGAGAUCAUAGCACCGGGGCGUUUAAACUCCAGGUUAGCGCGGUUGAGGUGUACAAUGAUCAAUUUAGAGACCUUCUUGAAACGAAACCCUGUGCAUCGGUCCAUGCCGCUAGUCCGCUUCCAACCGGUAUUCACCGUAGAAAUAUGUAUUCCUCUAAUUUCCACGCUUGGCUUCGGACAUUGGCAUCAACCGGCACUACAAAAUCAUCAUUGAUUCUGCGUGAAGACUCAAAGGAAGGCGUAUACAUUGCUGGGCUUACUAAGGUUCAACUUUAUGAGGAAGCGCAACUGCUGGCAUGCAUGUCUACUGCAUUUUCCAACCGCAAGACCGCCUCAACCUUGAUCAAUUCAUCGAGCUCGCGUUCCCACUGCAUUUUUACUCUAACUCUCCAGCGUAAAGGCACCAUUUCAAAGUGCUCUUUUGUGGACCUUGCUGGAAGUGAACGACUACAGAAAUCGUACAAUUUUAAAAAAAUGGACAGAUCCUCCAUUAGUUCAUCUACCUCCCUACCUGAGUCUCCAGUCAGGCUGAAUAACGUCACAAAGCGAAUUCGAGAGGGAAUAAGCAUAAACAGUGGAUUGCUGGCCCUUGGCAAUGUGAUUCUUGCACUAUCGGGAAAGAAGUCGCAUGUGCCAUAUCGUUCUUCCAAGUUCACUCGUUUGCUCGAACCCAUGCUAGGUGGUAAUUCCUCUACAAUCUUUGUUGCUUGCGUAUCACCUCUGUCCAUAAUGAUGGAUGAGACUUUGAAUACCCUCAAGUAUGCCGAGCGUGCCAAGUUAAUUAGAACGAAGCCACACCUGGUGACAUCUACUUUUCAAAAUCUUGAGAACACGGGGAAAAUCAUCAACCUUCGGGAAGACCUAGGGGCUGCCCGUAGGAGUCUCAACAGUGACAGCCCAAUUAUUCACAACACACACACUGUUAUAGAUGGUCCAGUUGUGAAAGUGGCACAAUUAGAGGAUAAAAACUUAAGAGUCUUACCUGACAUUGCCUUGAUGUCCUUUCCCUCCACCUUAUCACCUCAAGAGGUACAGUUUUCCAAGAAGAUUGCUGAUCUACAAGAAAGGCUUGAUCACGAACAGCAAGUCACAAAGCGUCUAGAGGAAGAAUUGUUUUACAGCGAGUACACCAAUAUGAUGCAAGAGAAAGCGUGUGAGGAGCUUAGAAUGCGUGUGUUAGAAUUAGAGAAGCUUCUGAGUUCUCAGAAUACCCUUAACAAUAGUUCCUCAUGCAAAGCUUUUUUCCAUCAGGUCCCCCCCUCAAACAUGGAAGGCAGGCGUUCCACUUGGGUUACAAAGAAUUUAGAGCAGUUAAGACAGUUAGAGAACGAGUGGUGCACAAAACGGUCACUAAGAGCUUAA